UCAACAUGAAGGCGCCAGUGAAAUUCGGUGGAGGUGGACCGUUUUCAGAGUAUAUGGAGCGCAGAAGGCGUGGAGUGGCCGCCCAUUAUGAUCGCAAAUAUUGCGAUGAAACUACCACAGAGAAAAACGGUGACGAUCCAGAUUAUAUGAACAAUAAAUAUGGACCCGAAGAAUAUGCUGGAGAUAUGAUCGAUGAAAAGGUCUCCUUAGAACUAAGGGACGGCUCCCGGCUGGACACAAAUGAUGAGCUAAACAGUUGCACUAUGAUACCAUUUAUACCAAACACUGAAAACAUGUGUUUUAAUGAUGAAUCGUCUACCAUAGAAGAAAAGUUCUUUAUAGGAUGCCGAUUUUAUAUUGAUGGUGUUGUUAAUGCAUAUAAGCCAUUUUUGGACCGAGAACCUUGUGAAAACGCUGCUUUACAUGCACAUGAAACACUGAUAAAGUGCAUAAUCAAGCAUGGAGGACAUAUUGAAAUUGGUCUAUCAGAGUAUGUCACGCAUUACGUUGUUGAACAUGUGGCCCUUGGCUGUAAAAAGUGGUGGGAAAUGAAACAAAGAGGUGGCAAAUGUGCACAGUACGCUGUUGUUACACCUGCAUAUAUAUUCGAAUGCCAUUUGCAAUCGAAAAGAUUGCCCGAAUCUAUGUUCAUUCCAUCUACUCUUAAAAUGAAACCGGAAUAUAUGACAUUGACUCAAAAUUGGAAGAGAGAGAGGGAAACAGAAAUAAGCAAAAACCCUGAGAAGGAUAUGGCAGACAACGAAGGUGAAUUCUUUGCUAGUGGCUGUGGCAUUGUCGAUAAUGCUGUCGUUCAGGAUGACGAAUUACAUGGAGAGGCAGUUUCAACGGAGCAAUGUAACAAGAGUGACAUGAUUGUUAAACAUGAACCUGGAGCGGUAACAAUAUGCGAGAAGCUAAAUCUUGACACCACUUCUCAGGAAGGAUUUGAACCAUUUUUAGAACUCGUCCUGGAGAAAGAGGAUAGCAUAGACUCCAAUCGUAGUCGACAAGGUAGUGUUGAUGAUGAGACAUGUUCCGAUGAAAAUAAGGAUGAGAUUGUUGAUACUGAGUCUAUUUGUCAACCUUCUCAUCAACAAUCGGAAAUCGGAGCAAUACCUGCAGAAUCAAACGACAACAAUAGUGAUGCCAACGCCAAUGAAGAUGUAAGUAACAUGGUGGAUGAGUAUUAUAAAAGAUCACGAUUGCAUUUGCUCGGAAUGUGGAAAACGAGAGUGGAAAAGGAAUACAAUUUCGAACCUUUCAGUACACUUCAAGAAGGUACCCUCACGAAAGGGAAGAUAUUUCACAUUGAUAUGGAUGCUUUCUUUGUAUCUGUGGCGAUAAAAGGAAAACAACACUUGAAGAACAUGCCGCUUUGCAUUAGUUAUGGUACAGGUCGUAACAGCGCCAGCGAAAUUGCAACAUGUAACUACGCCGCUAGAGUUUACGGUGUUAGCAAAGGUAUGUGGGUUAGAGAUGCUGUUCAGUUGUGUCCGUCGUUGCAGUUUGUCAAAUAUGAUUUUGAUGUUAUUAAUGACACUGCAAUGAAAAUUUUGAAGAUAGCUAGUGAGGUUACCAAUAAAAUCUACUCUGCUAGCUGUGAUGAACUAUAUUUGGAGUACUCGAUUGAAUCAGAAAGCAACGAUAUUGUGGAAUAUAUUUCUAUGGCUGUGAAUUUGGCACAUAAAAUUGAAACGGAAACCGAAUGCCCAUUAAGCAUUGGGAUUGGUGAUAACAUGAUGCUUGCUAAAUUGGCUUCUCAGCGAUGCAAAGCACUUAAACAUGGAAGCGAAGAGGUGCCAACUGGUUAUGUUUUAUCAGGCAAUGUAUGUGCUAUACAGGACGUAGAAGCAUUUAUUGCAUCCGUUUCACUACACGAAUUACCAGGUGUUGGAGACCGGACGCUUGAUAUCUUAAAAUCUUGCGGUUAUGUUUAUUGCAGUGACAUACAUGAUAAGGAAGAACUGAAAGAAUUAAUAGGGGAGAAACUUGGUGAUACUGUGUAUCAUUUUAGUCGAGGUAAGGAUUUCCGGAAUAUGAACACCGCAGAGGCACGCUCUCGGAUUUUAAAGAACAAGACAAUUACAUCUGCUAUUAACUAUGGAGUAAGAAUAACAACCACUGAGCAGGUACAUGAAUAUAUGAGGGAGCUGGUGAAACAAGUGUGGGACCGUGUUGAAGCAGCGCUGACUCACCUUAAAGAAGAGAGUACUGAUAACAACUCCCUUGAAGUACCUGUAGCACAAAUAAUGCUAAAGGUUCGUGUAAGAAGCCCCGAAGCUAGUGUUGAACCUGCGAAGUACAUGGGCUGUGGUCUAUGUGACGAAUUCACUUCGUCAGUAUCGGGUGACCUGAUGUCUCAGAAGAGCGUAUUCAGGAGCUUACUAUCAUGUUGGCAAAAUCUUUUUGCAAAGAAACCAUUUGCACUGGAAGACUUACGAGGCAUCUCUCUCGGUAUUUAUAGAAUUAAAAAGGGAGAUUGCAAAGAACGUAAUACAAUGGACAAGUUCCUUGUUGCUGCAACCCCUUCACGGUUACCUGAUGAUAUCUAUCCUAUUUGUAGAACAAUGCCCCUAGAAUCUGCCACACCGCGACGAAAUGGCAAUUUACCAAUUACCCCAACAGUCCGUAAUGGCAAAUACCAAGAAUCCAUCUUGUCGUUUAUAUCCACAUCUCCUUUGAGAUUCACCACUCCGGUGAAGAAAAAAGGUCAUAAGAAACAGCGAGCGAGACAAUUGACUCUUUAUGAAGUUUUCUCGGGUUCGAAUAGGUCAUCCGACAAUAGCGAAAUAAACUACAGUAAAAAAGUGGCGACAUAUGACGUUGUAAGUUCGAAUUUCGAUAGGAGUUCGUUUGCUCGCUUAUCUGUUGUGCCUGGCAUAUCCAAUAUUUGGUUAUCAGAUGCUUCCAAUGCAAUUUUGGAAGAACGAUUGCAACAAAUCCAUACUGAUUGGUCGUCUUAUCAAGAUGCCGUUGCUUUUUAUCGUGAAGUAUUUGAAAACUAUGCAUCAUUAUUAUCCCAUGUCGGAGAAUCCACAACAUCUGAUACUGUGGGUAAUGCCCAAAACUCUGUAGUAAUGAAUGUUGUUGCUCCAUCCAAUCACAUCGAACAAACAGAUGAUAACAACCCGCCUGAAGUGUCCGAUGCAAUGAAUCGCAAUUGCUACGAAGCAUUCACAGAAAAUGAAUUUGAUCCCUCCGCAAAUAUUGUACCUCCCGAAGCGACCAACCUCGAUAUUGGCUCUAGAGAGAAGGGAGAAAUGUUACUUGCGGAAACUCUUGAAGGAAAACCAAAACCUACUUUGUUUGAUAUGCGGUGCAUAUGCAAGGACUGUCGUUCCCAUGUCUUCGCAACUGUUGGUAUGCCAGUGUUGGAAGCACUGGAUUGUAAUUCAUCAGCGUGUUUUAUCUCACAAUUGAAGGGAGUUGUUCCUGAACGAGUAACGUUUGAUUGCACUCCACAAGCCACCACUAUGGUGCUUUGUACUCUGGUUUACGUUCACCUUCUUCGUGCUGUGGUGCAGCUCUCUAAGCGGCGGCGGUUUGAUUUAUUGCAAACAUUUGUUCACUAUUCAAUGCGUGACGCUGCAUCGUUCAAGACGUCGUUGUUUGGAUGCUUGGAUUGGAGAUUGCAAGCCAAGUUUUUCGAAGAAGCUCAAACGUACCUCUUGAAGGUCUACAACCUAUUGAAGAUUCCAUCACUUUGAAG